AUGGGGAAACCGAGGCGAGAAAUUAUGUUCGACACGAUUGACAUAAGCAACAUUGCAUGCCGGGACAGGGCUGGAGAGCGCGGCACUGAUAUCGCAGACACCAUGAAACUGUUUGCCGAUAUGGAGAGGCGGAGGCCGGGAUUCUACCAUGUGGAAGAGACAGAGAACAAUGUAGUGCGCAGCCUUUUUUGGACAGACUCCUUGUGUAAGAUGAAUUAUGAUCUAUAUGGAGAUUUCGUGUCUUUUGACACGACAUUCUCUACGAAUAUAUAUGGCUUGCCAUUUGCACCAAUUAUAGGUGUCGACAACCACGGGUCGACCGUCCUGUUUGGAGUAGGCCUUUUGAAGGAUGAGAAAAUAGGGUCAUUCAAGUGGCUCCUAAGCACGUUUGUCGAGGCAAUGGGAGGUAAAGAGCCGAAAUACAUAAUAACAGACCAGGACCACGCGAUGAAUACUACAAUAAAGGAAGCUCUUCCGAGAACGAGGUACAGGUCCUGCUGGUGGCAUAUUAGGAAGAACCUGAAGGAAAAUAACGCAGCAGUGUUUGCGCAGCACCCCGAGAUGUCUGAUGAUAUAUUUCGAAUCGUCAAAAACUCACUAGAUCAAGACGAGUUUGAGCGUGCCUGGAAAGCAGCAAUUUCUGUGCACAAGGCGGAAGGCAACAAACACCUGAACACGGUAUGGGAACUCCGAAAUUUUUGGGUGCCUGCCUACUUCAAGGACUGCUUCUAUCCUUUCUCGUCAACAACCACUCGCAGUGAGAGCACGAAUUCGAUGUGGAAGAAUUACGUCGACCACAAGGACACUAUAAAAAGGUUUGUUGAUGCGUAUCACAUGAUUCAGCAAAAUUGCCUCCCCACGCUUGACAAGAAAAGACACCGAAUAGAAGAGAAGGCGCCAUCACUAGAGACGGGUUUUCCGAUUGAAAGACAAGCAAGUCAAGUAUACACGAAUGAAAUUUUCAGGGAAUUCCAGCUGGAGCUACGGAACUGGACUUACUUCAAGUGCUCUGACCUGGCAAAGGGGAGGCAGUAUUUUUUUAAAAAGAUUACUGAGCCUGGAGAAAAAGUGUGGAAACCAUAUCCGGGCGAGGAAUUUGACAGGUCUGAGUUCAGGGUAAAUGUGGAUGAGCAAAAAGAAAUAUACAGUUGCAGCUGCAAGAAAAUGAGUAGGGAUGGCAUUUAG